AUGUCUCAACUGUCCGCUCCUCCCGCGCCCAAGACGGACGAGGUCCUGCGCACCACCCGCAAGCAAGCGCAGGCUGUUGUCACCAAGCCCACCACGGUCACGUCCGCCGUUGCGGCCACCAAGGACAUAAAGACCAAGUCAAAGGCGACAACUAGCCGUAACCCCAAGCGGGCCAGCAAUUCAGCAAGGCCAUCGGCGAAGGGCGCCAAGAUGCGGUACAAGGGAAAGGUCACAAAGUCACGUUACUACGAGACUACCACCAAGCCCACUCCCUGCGUCCCCUGGCCUGAGGUCGACGGUGCAGCCAAGGAGGAGUGGGUCGAGGCCGACUACAUCCCCUUCCCCCCAGAGUGCUACCAGUGA